GAAAGAGAGAGACUAGUGGAGAGAGAAAGAGGUGUGGUGUACUAGUGUAAUGUAGGCAUGUAGCGUGUAUGUGUACAAGCAAUGGCCGUGCUUGUGUACCUUAUAUGAAAGGCACCCCUGCCCCCCUUGAACAUUCUUCUCCCCCUCUCUUCUUGCUUGCACCUCCUCCGAUCCUCCUCUUGCUCAUGGUGUCGGCCGCGGCGCGGCGCAACGCCACAAGAGAGGAGGAGGCAUGAGAGGAUGGUGACGUUGCUCCGGCCGCACCGCCACACCCAUGGGCCGGCCGCCGUCAGCGUUCGCCUCAGCAGCAGAAGCCAGAGACACCAGCCGCCGCCGUCGCCCAGUGCUCCUUGCCGCAGCAGCAGCGUCCUGAGGCCCAUGGCACAGGACCCCUCCCACCCGCACCGGCAGAGCAAGGACACCGCCGCGCCACCGCCGCAGCAGCAGCAGGAGCCCGAGCAGCCAGAGAUAGCGCCGCACCAGCCCGCGGCGCCGCCGCAGCCGCACCAGCCCCCGCGCGACGUCGUCGUCCAGGAAGCCGCCAGCACCAGCAGCAGCACCGGCAGCGACGCCGGCUCCUCCUGGCUGCAGCUCGGGAUCGGCCCGUCCUCGACGUCGCCGCCGCCGCCGUCCUCGCGGCGGAAACGACAGAGGACCGAUGACGCAGCUGGCCCCUCGACCUCCGUACAGCCGGCCGCGCCCCCGGCGCCGCCGCAGCUGCAGCUCUCGCUACAACCGGGGCCUUCGUCCUCGUCCCCGGCAGCGGCGGUGGGGGCAGUGGUGGCGGCGGCGCCGCCACCGCCCGCCCACGAGGCCGGAACGUGGUUCCUCCUCCGGGCGGCGCAGAAUCAGAGGAGGGAGCCGCCAUUGCCGCAGAUUGCGAGGAGCUACUUGAGGGUUAGCAGAGACGGGAGGAUGACAGUUAGAGUAGUGAUGAGGUACCUGGUUAACAAGCUGGCCCUUGACGACGAUUCACAGUUAGAGAUUACCUGUCGAGGGCAGCGCCUUCUGCCAACGAUGACCCUGCAGCAGGUCCGCGACACCAUUUGGCGCCCUGUGCCGGCUGAGGCCGCAGCGGUUUUGCCGGCCCCCGGCUCACCAAGUACAAACCAGAUCAUGACACUGUUUUACGGCAGAAGCUAGCACCUGGAGAAUGGAGCAUCAACAGACACAAACAACUUUUCACACUGUAAUUAGUUUUCACUGCCCACAGGCACUGAUCCCCUUUUUUCCCCUCCCCUAACAUCUAAUCCUCACCACAGAAUUCACUGAGAAAGAACAGUAGAACACCAAGGAUAGUAGAUUAUAGGUAACACCCAAAUGUAACUGUACUUCAAAACCCUGAGAAAUAAUUCUUUCAUAUUUAUUUAGUUCAAAGAUUUAUUUUGUUCCA